AACACUUACACCGAUGAGGAAGUGAUAAUUGGAGCCGAUGCAGUUGAUCUAGAUGACACAUUGCCUUGGGAGAAGAAGCCAAAGGUCAUUAUUGUAGUGAGUAGGGGCAACUGUAUGAAUGACCUCAAUGGAGCUUUUAUGGAUCCAGAUAUCAUGAACAAAGAUGUUCACAUCAAAAGGAAGCUUCCCAAUGGGAAACUAGAAGAAGGAGAGGGUUCAGGUGUUUUGAGGGACUGCCUGUCAGAAUUUUGGGGAGAAUUCUACACAAAAUGCACACUGGGUACAGAUGUGAAGACACCCUAUCUUAGGCAUGAAUACCAAGUCCAGGAAUGGCAAGCAAUUGCGAGAAUUAUUGUUACAGGGUGGCUAACUGUACAGUAUUUUCCAAUACUGCUGCCUCUUCCAUUUCUGGAAGAAGCUCUAUACGGUACCACUUACAGCAAUGUAACCGAUUGCUUCAUGCAAUACAUAUCAAAAGAAGAGAGAAAAAUCCUUCAGCUUGCACUGGAAUCAUUUGAGUCUGUUGACAGAGAUGAUCUAAUAGAUGUUCUAGAUGCACACGACUGCCACCAGAUUCCUUGUAAGGAAACUCUUGCUCCACUCUUGAUGCAGUUAGGGCACAAAGCUCUUAUCCAAACACCAAUGUUUGUUAUCAGAUGUUGGAGACCCAUCUUGAAGUGUUUGGCAGGCACUUUGUAUCCACAGAGACUUGUGGAGAUGAUGGAAGAACGCAUUCCAACAUCUAAGCGCGUGAGAGCACUUUUGAAGUUCCCAGAGGAAAUGACUGCACUUCAGAACACUGUGGCAAGACACCUAAGGAAGUAUAUUGGGGAGACAGAUGACCUCAACUUGAAGUCUUUUCUUCGUUUCUGCACAGAGGCAGACAUCCUACUUGGACAUCCCAUCACAGUGCAGUUCACAGAAACCUCUUCAUUCCAAUGUAGAUCUCAGGCGCAUACAUGUGGGUGCUAUUUGAUCAUACCUACCAACUACCAGAGCUAUCCAGAUCUUCGCAAUGACUUUGACCUCGUCUUAAAAAGUUCCAUUUGGGUUAUGGACAUUGUAUGA